AUGGCAUCUUCAGAGGUGGAUAUGAAGUUCCUCGGACAAUUCGCUGCCAACAUCCAGGGUGACCAUCCGCUCCUUGCACAAAGCCUCUUCCAAAUAUUUGGCAACCUUACUAUGUUGUCUGAAAAGGUCAUCCGCGCGAGGAAAUUACGGCGACUGGACACUACCCGCGAUACAAAGUCUGUCGACCUAUACUGCCGCAUUAUAUGGUAUGCUCGCGAAGGAUUGAAGCUGUUGGAGGAGUAUGUCUUACCGAUGGUCGCGAAUUACGGAGAGCUGAAGGUUUUGUCGUACAAAUUGCGAGCUUCCUUCUACCACCUAUACGUUCUCUUCCACAAUCAACCUCCAGUCAGCCUCAAGCCCGGCACCCAAGUAUCCACACCUCCAGGACUCACGUCACCACGCAAAGUCGACAAGGGCAAAGGCGUUGAUCGAGGAUCACCAAAUGAAACCUAUAGACCAAGUUCGGUCCAGCCGACGCACCCGUUAGAAGGCGGUCCCGUUGGAGGUCAACCCGGAAUCCAACCACCACCUGUCGAGUUCGCGCCUAAUUUCCUUGUCCCUGCGGCAGACUACCGGCCCAGCGCUCUGACCUGCUUCCAGGAAGCCACCAAACUAGCAGAAAAACAUCUAUGGGGCAGCCAUCCUCUACGCCUGUCGGUUAAAGUUGAAUUCUCGGCAUUCUUAUACGACUGUCUGCAGGAGCGGGAGCAGUCACGGCGGAUGGCGAAGGCAACAAUAGCAGAAGUGUAUAACGCAGCGGAGGGAAUGGACGACGAGAUGUUUGAUGACGCGGCACAAUUGGUCGGCAUACUUGGGAAGAUGAUGAAGCGAGGACUGGGCUCAGGAGGAUCGGGCAGCACACCUGGCGCUGGAUCUUCCGGUCAUCGAGCAACACCAGGACCAAGAGGCGCAGAGCAGUUCGCUCUUCCGAGUCCAGGGAUGGACAACCCGAUAUAA